CGGUGCUUGGAUCUAGCUGGCUGCUGAUUGCCCUAGAGGGGAGAGACUCUGGCUGUGCCUGUGGCUGAGGAGGACUACACAACAACCAGCACAUAGGAGGAGGCUGACGAAAACUUCACAACACCUCGGACCUGCUCAGUACAUGAUGUCAGCUGCUAAUGACACCACAUUCAACUAUGCUGUGUUCUUUCUCUCCGGGAUACCUGGGCAGGAACACGUCUAUCUCUGGAUCUCUAUCCCCAUCUGCUUUGUGUAUGUUAUUUCUAUAGUGGGCAAUUCAGUCAUUCUCUUCAUUAUAAAAACUGAUGCAAGUCUCCAUGAGCCUAUGUACAUUUUCCUCUCCAUGUUGGCCAUCACAGACCUUGGCUUAUCGAUAGCCACUGUACCGACAAUACUGGGCAUUUUCUUAUUUAACUUUAGGGAGAUCAGCUUGGAUGCCUGUUUAGCUCAGGUGUUCUUCAUCCACUCGCUUUCAUUCACUGAAUCUGCUGUGCUCCUGUCGAUGGCCUUUGACCGAUUCAUCGCGAUCUGUGACCCCCUGAGAUACACGUCCAUCCUAACCCCACCGAGAAUAGCCAAGAUGGGACUGGUGCUUAUGCUGAGAGGGGUGUUGGUAGCAUUCCCUCUCCCCUUUCUCCUGAAACGCUACCGAUAUUGUCGAUCCAAAAUCCUCUCCCACUCCUACUGCCUGCACCAGGAGGUGAUGAAGCUGGCUUGUUCAGACAUCACUGUCAGCAGUGUCUAUGGCUUGUUCAUAAUACUUGGCACGGUAGGGUUGGACUCGCUGCUCAUCCUGCUCUCUUAUGUGUUGAUCCUCAAAACAGUGCUAAGAAUCACAUCCCAUGCUGAGUGCCUCCAGGCCCUGAGCACCUGCGUCUCCCAUGUCUGCGCAGUCCUGCUCUUCUACAUACCAGUGAUCGGCCUGUCUGUGUUACACAGAUUUGGGAAGAGUUUUUCCCCCUUGCUUCAGAUUCUCCUGGGCUAUGUCUACCUGCUGGUCCCGCCCCUGAUGAACCCGAUCGUAUAUAGCAUAAAAAACAAACACCUUCGUGCACGGAUCAUCAGGAUGUUUGUUAGGUAA